AAAAUAUGUUUAGUUAAUUCAUGACAAUUGUAAACGUCGGACGUGUUUCGGUUAUUGAAAACCAAAGUUAAAUUUGUUUCGAAAUUUUUGUUAAAGAUUUUUCGUCGAUCUGUUUGAAGAUUUUUGUCAUUCUGGUUAGUGUUUUUAAAGUGAUGUUUUAAAAUUGAAAUUUUUAUUGGAAAUUCUUGCUAAAUAUAGCCGGGAAUAGAGAAGAAGAAGAAAAGGAAAAUAUUGAUGAAGUUGAAGAAGUUGUGUGAGAGAGAUCGAAAACGUGUUUGAAAUUGAUGAUGAUAAUGAUGAUCGAAAAGAAAGAGUAGUAACAACAAAAAUAUUUUUUUGGGAAUUUCAAUCUCUGUCUGUUGGCAGCUACGACGACGAUUCGAAAAUUUAAAACGAAAAUUUAAAAUAAUAUAUAUUUACGAGUAAAUAUUUUGGUGGCGAAAUUUUAACAAUAACAACAACUACCCACAAAAAAGAGAAGUGCUAAUGAUAACAAAUAUCCAGCUAAUUAUGAAGUGCCAAUUGGACAAAGCGUUGAAACAAAAAACCAAAUCAAAUUAAAUUUGUGAAAAGUUGUCGCUGAAAAAAAAAAAAAAAAAACCAAACGUGAAAAAUAUUUGGAAAUAAAGUUAACAUCUCAAUUAGUAUUACUGUUGACAAAUUCAUACAAAAGUGCCACCACAUAAUAACAACGCCAGCAGCAACAAAAACAACAACAAAACAUAUUUGCACAACUAAAAAUCAAAUAAUUAAAUUUGAUUAAUACCGGAUUACCCGUUGACUGCACAUUUUUCGUUUUUCAUACGGCGAGCGAGCGAGCGACCGAGUAUUGGUCGGUUUGGAUUGGACGUCCUGUUUUGGUUUUACACACACAUUUUUUAUACAUAUAUAUGUUGACAAGUUUGCAUUAUAACGUCUGCAAAGCAUGAAGGGUUGGUUUGAUGCAUUUCGAGACGAUGGUGGGCCCACACUAUAUUCAUUCUCGAAUCGUACCCCCGUAACGGGCGAUGUAUCGAUAGUAGCCGUAUCUGUAUUAUUUGCAACAUUCUAUGUUGCAUUCUUAGUUAUAUUUCCAGGUGUAAGAAAACAGAAAUUCACAACAUUCUCAACUGUCACAUUAAGUCUUUUCGUGGGACUAGUCAUUUUAAUCACAAGACUUGGUUCAGCAUGGCAUGUUGCCCAUACGACAAUUAUAGCGCCAUACAAAGCAUUUUCGCGUGAGAAAGUGCCGGCGCGCAUUGGAACCCACAUUGGUCUGAUGCAUGUCAAUGUGACGUUGACAGCCAUACCCGUCGGCAAUUGGACACCACCGGACAUCGAUUAUAAUGAACGUUUCACCUGGGAGGGUGCCACCGACAUGAGUACCAAUUAUCGUGAGGCACUGAAGCGUGGCCUACCCUAUCCCAUCUUAACCGUUGCCGAGUAUUUCAGUCUCGGUCGUGAAGGUUUCUCAUGGGGCGGCCAGUAUCGUGCCGCCGGCUAUUUUGCCAGCAUUUUGCUGUGGGCCUCCCUAGCCUCGUGGCUGAUGAUGAAUUUGUUACUUAUCGCUGUGCCACGUUACGGUGCGUACAUGAAGGCCCUAACCGGUGCACUUUUGAUAUGCACCAAUAUUGGCUAUUAUUGUCAAUUGCCAAAAAGACCACUGACCAUAUACAUGGAGGGCGGCCGUUUGGAAUUUCAUCUGGGCUGGUGUUAUUGGUUGCUAUUGGUAGCAGGCAUUCUAUGUUUUGUGGCGGGUGUUCUCAUCUCCAUCAUCGACUUGGUGUGGCCUCACACAUUCUCCACCGUUCUCGAAGUGUACUAUGGCACACCGUAUGAUCGUCAUGUCAUCCUAGAAGAAUCAAGUGAUGUGCGCUAUCGCAAACGUACCAGUCGUAGUCUAGAAGAUCCCCCCGGGUUGGGUUCACGCAUCCUGAGAAGACUCUCCUCAAAGGCCCGUGAUAAUUCAAUGCCACAGACACAUCGUGGUAGUGCGAGUAGUGCUAUGGCACAUCAUGGGCCCAAUAGUAGUGGUGGCGGUGGACAUCAUCAGGUGACACAUAUACCACAUGGUCACCAUUCGUCGUCGGGUAGUGGAGGUGGUGGUGGUGGCGGUGUGGAUAAUAAAGCCUAUCAGAGUGAUGUGCCAAAGAGUCCAUGGCGCUAUCCGUUCCGUAGGGCGCAACAAAUACAGUCCCAUCCCAUGCAUAUGCAGAGGACAAUGUCACAGGACUCCAGCUCGUCGAUAGCAUCGGCGGCCGCCAUGCAGCAGAUAUCACCGCUACACAAACAUGCCUUGUCAAGAAUGUUACCAAAUCCUCCCAUAAAUCGCAUAAGGGACCUAGAGCACUGGUGACCAACUUGAAGGCUAUAACUACAGUUUCAUGAAGCUCAAUUGGCAAGAGUCUUGUUUUCAUUAAUGCAAACAAAAAUAAUGUGUUACUCUUUCAAUAUUUUCACUCUCACUCUCUCUCUCCCUUCUUCUCUUCUCUUAAAUUUCCCCAUAGAUUGAUGAUGUCUUCAACAUGUAUUGACAAAUAUUUCAAAGGACACAAAUUACAUUGUGAUAAAAACAAAAACUAAAAUUAUAUUUAAAUUGACAAAAAAGAAAAAAAAAAUGUGGACGCUUAAAUAGACCGAUUUGACGAACGAAAAUUAGUUUGUAAGUUAAAAUUGACAUAUAAAUAAUUUAAGGUUAUGUUUUAAGUACAAUUCACCUAUGAUGGCAGCCAUGUUAUUUUUUCUCUCUCUCUCUAAGAUAGACAAAGGAAUACCCAGUGUUUGACAAUGAUUUUUAAGUCUGUUGUAGUAGAAGAGAAAUAAAAUGAAAAGAAAAAAGAAAAUUAUUAUAAAACUAAUUUUAAGUGAUGAUAUCAUUGUGAUAAACCCCAAUUAAUUUGUUAAAAUAAGAUUUGAAAAAAAUUAAAAUAGUAAAAAAAUGUGAGUAACUGUAAGAAAAAUUUAAGCAGGGUGGAAGAAAAGAGACUUUGAUGGAAAAAAUACUAAUAUUUAAUUUUAAUGAAUUUAAAAUUAUAUUUUAAUUUUUUUUUUAAUCUAUGUUCCCAUUUCCAUUUUUUAUCUUAAGAUCACAAAAAGGCACAUAAUUUAUGUUGACCUCCAAAAAUUUUAAUCAAUUUUUUUUUUAUUUAAAAAUUCGAAUCUCAAACUAAAAAUUCUAACAUUUUAGUUUUUCAAAAAAAAAAAAAAAAAAAAAAAAAACCUCAUUUGAGUUUAAGAGAGGAAACAGCCUCUUUAUAGACAGAAUAGAGGCAGAACCUUUGUCAAUCUUCGAAAUUUACUUUUGUGAUUUUUGUAGUAACAAUAACCAUUGUCAUUGAUUCUGAACUAGAUUUUCGAUAUAGAAAUUCAAUUUUAUUUCAAAAUACAAAAAUGAAAUUUUCUCUCCUCCCUCCCUGCUUUAGUUUUACCACCCAGAACUCACUUCCAAUAAUGUUCUAUUUUAAGGUUUUAUAAACAAUGUAUUUCCCAGUUUUGUAUUUUAACAAUAAUUAGCUAUAAUCAUUUAAUAAUACUUGCAUAGACACCAUCACAUUUAUGAAAAUUUUAAUUUAAAUUUUAUAUAGGAAAACUCAACAAAAAACGCAAAUCCCAAUUGGCUUCUAUUCCCUAGCUCAUAAAGAAAUACAAUUUAGUGAAUUUUUAUUUUAUCCUUACAAAAUUAUUUAUUUGUUUAUUAUUAUAAUUAUUAUUUUAUAUUUAGUUAUUAUUUUCUAAUUUAUUAUAACAAAAAGUUUGACAGAAACGUGUAAUAGUUCUUAGGCAGCGAGCGAGAAAAACGAUAUUAUUGCAUGAUUAUGUGUUCUAAGAGAUAUAGGCUAAAACAAAAGAAAUUAUUAAAAAAAAAAACAAAUAUCAAUGAUCGUGUAUCUAAUUUAUAACAUUUUUAAGAAAUUAUGAAAACAAAAAAAAGUUAUUAAUAAAAAAUUAAAAUGUUGAAAA